GAGAGAGAGAGAGAGAGAGAGAGAGAGAGAGAGAGAGAGAUGCUACUUUAGCUCUGUUCAGUGCUUGUGCACAUCAGACCAUUAUGAAGGAGUCCCACCUCUGCGCUCGGACGCGUAACGAGUGCGCACGUUCUCUCCCUGCACUCGGCGCUCCUGUGUCUCUCACCAUGACCACCACACAGACAGGAUGACAUCCAAAUGUGAAUCCGAUCUACCUUCGAACAGUUCAGGAGACGCAAUGCUGGUGUCGAACGCAUCCAAACCCGCGCGUGAUCCUGCGGGUGAAAGCAGCAGGAGCGCGACGUGCGGCUCAGUGUCCAUCGCCUUCCCCAUCACCAUGAUGGUGACGGGGAUGGUGGGCAACUUCCUGGCCAUCCUGUUGGUCUACAGUGCGUACAGACGAAAAGAGAACAGACGGAAACAGUCGUUUUUGCUGUGCAUCGGCUCUCUGGCGCUGACUGAUCUGUUCGGACAGCUUCUUACGAGCCCGAUUGUCAUUUCUGUGUACAGAGCGGAGCUGCAAUGGGAGCGCGUCGACGUGUCCGGGACCCUGUGCCCGUUCUUUGGCGUGUGCAUGACUACUUUCGGCUUGUGUUCGCUGUUCUUUGCGAGCGCAAUGGCUGUGGAAAGGGCUCUAGCCAUCACCGCGCCUCACUGGUACUCCAACAGCAUGAAGACCACCGUCACCAAGCACGUGCUCGUCACCAUUUGGUGCCUGGUGCUGUGCUUCGCCCUGUUGCCCAUCAUUGGUGUCGGGAAGUACACUGUGCAGUGGCCUGGCACGUGGUGCUUCAUCAGCACCGGCGACACCAACGUCAGUGGGAACACGUUUUUCGUCGUGACCUUCGCCGCACUCGGGAUCUCUUCGCUGCUCGUCACCUUCUCCUGUAACGUGGUGACCAUCCGUGCGCUAGUGGCGCGCUGCAGAGUCAAACCCAGCGCGUCUCAGUGGUCCAAACAGUGGGAGAGGCUGACAACUGAGACGGUCAUCCAGCUCAUGGGAAUCAUGUGUGUGCUGCUCGUCUGCUGGUCUCCUUUACUGAUCCUUAUGUUGAAGAUGAUCUCCAACCACACGUCUUCUCACCACUGCAAACCCUUAGCAAAUCCUCUCAUGCCCAGCCGGGACUUACAGAUGGACUGCAACUUCUUCCUGACUGCCAUUCGCCUGGCCUCGCUCAAUCAGAUCCUGGACCCAUGGGUUUACCUGCUCCUCAGAGAGAUCCUCCUGAGGAAGUUCUGCCAGGUGGCCAACGCUGUGUCCAACUGUUCUUUGGAUGGACAGAAAGAGACUAAGAAAGAAACAGCUCCAGACGCUGCAAAGAAUCCAAGCAAGGAGAAUGACGAGUCUAAGAAACUGUCUUCUCCUGAUCCGAGUGGAAGUGCACAAGCGUGACUGCAUUUAUUUAUGGAAAGCUGCCUUUAUAUAAAGGUGCGCUCAUGGACCAUUACAGCGGCAUGCGUACGAUAGACGCUGGAGUUUUGUAUCUCAGUGAGAACCCUGAGCAUGAGUGAGUCCGGCAUGCAAACACUUACUGCUUUUAAACAGCUAGAACCGCUCAGCUCUGGCGUUUGUCCAUGCUGCUCAAUUAAUUCUCAUCCUGUGAAGCUUAACACUGCAAGCUGAGAUCUGGACCCUGUUCUUCGUACGUCACAUAACAAACACAAAAUGACAUAUUCCAGACACGCAAGUUGUUCCAAACACACGAGAACGGGAUUUGUGCAUCCAGAUAUCGUGUUAUCUGAGAUAAUUCCAGCGAUCCGAAGUUGACCGGAAGGCUUAAAGAUUUUGCUAACACUUUCUAUGAAGGUCAUAUCUAAAAAAAACUAUGAACACAUCCAUAUCAUGUUAUAACGCAUUCAGAAAAGAAAGUUCAUUGUCACAUUGCAGCUUUACAGAAAUCUGGAUGUACAAUGCGGGACGUUUUAUAGCUAACUUUAUCAUGCAUUAUGAUUGGUUGACACCAUGCAGUUAGAGAGCUGAAAAGGCUUUAUGUCACCAGAACUACUGAAGUUCAUCCACUCUGUCAGUUUGUAUUAGUGCUUUAUGACUUAGCCAUUAGGACAUUUUGCAGCAUCUGGAAGAAUUUGUGCAGUGUGAGUUUAGUCGUGAUUAAACUGUGAAACAAUAAAGGGAAGGAAAUUCUG